AUGCCUGCACCACAGGAGGACUGGAGCGUCUGGCUCUACGAACCAUCGCUGCCUUUGGCAAUUGUGGGAACCAUCGUGUACACAUUGAUCUUUGCUUGGAUUACAUAUUUGACGGCAUUCAAGUAUCGUUCAUGGUACUUCAUUUGUGUGCCGAUAGGGGCCUUUUGUGAAGUCAUUGGUUAUGCAAUGAGGUGUUAUUCGACGCAGGCGCACCAGAAUAUUGGCAUCUUCGCGACAAGCACGUCCCUCAUUGUACUCGCGCCCCUUCUGAUCGCUGCUGGCAACUAUCUAUUAAUUGGCCGCCUCAUCCGGGCAGUUUUACCACCGUCGAGACAUCGAAUUUACAAAGUACCAGCCCGGCGCCUUACUCGCAUCUAUGUUACCUUUGACAUUAUCUGUCUUUGUGUCCAAUCAUCUGGCUCAUCCAUGGCAAGCGCAAACAGCUGGAUCGGCCCGCUCAGCGACAUAGCAAUGAAGAUCUUGCUUGCUGGCCUUGCGCUUCAAGUUGUAGCAUUUUCGACGUACCUAUGCAUCUUAAUGCGCUACCACAAGCUGUCUCGCGCUUUGGCUGUAGCCGACGCACCGGCUGGAUGGUUCAACGUUCUCAAAGCUGUUUAUGCCUCUAGCAUCUUGAUUCUGAUCCGUUGUAUAUAUCGGAUGAUUGAAUUUGCCGAGGGCCCCGAUGGCUAUACAAUGACACACGAGUGGAUAUUCUGGGUAUUGGAAGGACUCACCAUGGCUAUUGCCAUUGUGGUAUUUUGUGUUUGGCAUCCUAGUAAGUAUUUAGGGCAGACUGGCGAAGAGAAGGAAGGGCAUAACUUGGAUGAGCAUGGUGUAAGACACACGUAG